AUGUUUUCAUUAAGAGCGCCCUUGCGUGCAGUCCGGGCCAUGCCCUCGCCCAUCGCCGCCGCCGCGCUAACUCCUCAGCUGCCCGCCCGCCGAUUCUACCACGAUAAAGAUGAGUGGCCGUCCCCGAAUGCGGCAUCGCCCCAAACCGCCCAUGUUUUCAUCGCGGACUCCCACGUUCCCACUCUCGCGUACACUCGGCUAACAUGCUCGCCUUCACUGCUCGACCACUACAGCCGCCCCCGAAAUCCAGGCUCCAUGGACAAGAAGGAUCCCGCUGUCGGCACUGGACUCGUCGGCGCCCCAGCAUGCGGCGACGUCAUGAAGCUGCAGAUCCGAGUUGACGAGGCCACGGGUACCAUCACCGACGCCAAGUUCAAGACGUUUGGAUGCGGUUCCGCAAUCGCAAGCUCGAGCUAUCUGACCGAGUUGGUCAAGGGGAUGCGACUGGAGGAUGCAUCAAAGAUUCGCAACGUCGACAUAUCAAAGGAGCUGUGCCUGCCACCUGUCAAGCUCCACUGCUCCAUGCUUGCAGAAGACGCCAUCAAGGCUGCCAUCGCCGACUAUCACGGCAAGAACCCCAAGGCCAAGAUUACUGAUCUCGCCGGCACCGCCAAGACGAUCCGAGAAACCAUGCAGCAAGCUGCGUAA